AUGGCAGCAGCAAAGAGCCGACCCUGUGCGGCAGGGAAGGCUAGAGCCUCCCUUGCCUCCGGCUUUGCAGGACCAACUACCUCUCGUGCAGCAGCAGCAGGCGCUGGAAGCGGUUGCUCUAGCGGGAAGGAGCCGCAAGUGCUGCUGCCUGUGCAGAGAUGUGCCUCUUUGGUUGCUGGGGGUCCGCACAGUAACGUGCAUGCAAAUCAGAGGAUUGGAAGCGGCAACAGCACUGCCUGGAUGCCUGCUCUUCAGGAUGUGGGGGGGGGGCCCUUAGAGGGGACUUCUUAUGAUCUCUCCUUCUUGCCGUUCGGAAUUGCGCCUUUUUCUCGCGCGGGAGGAGGCUCCGGGGGGGAAGAACUACCUUUCGAAGAAGCUGCCGCAGCGGCUUCCAAAGAAGAGGCAAGCGGCGGCAAUGCCACGCUUGCCGCGGGGGGGGUGGAUUUGGGGUGUAUCGACGGCGCGGAGGCAGGAGUCACCGUCGCAUGCGCAAGCCCGACAAAGGCGCGCCCUCUGAUCGCUCAUCAGUCUGCAGCAGCAGACGCAGCGGCGGCUUUGGAAGCAGGAGCCGCGUGCUGCGGAUCUACCGCUGCGCACAUGCAGUGUUGCAGCCCUCCUCGCAUCGGCGAUUCGAGGGCAGCAGAUUAG